CUUCCGUAACUUUUUCAAAGAGCCCGCCGCAUUCAAGUAAUCCUGAAGAAUGGCGACGGCCAAGAGAGCAUUGAAGCCCUCAGUGGCAUCCGAUAAUCCAAUACCAUCUUCGUCCCCAGCAUUUGGCACUCCUGUCCAUCCUAUUCCACCCCGCACAACUGUCCCGAUUCGACCACCAGUCUUCAGACCCGCUGCAGCACCGACGACUGUUCUACCGAUAGUGCUCCCUCCUGCUACGUUACGGCCCCUCGCCUUCAGGACAUUUACAAAGAAGCAUAACCUGACGUUGACUUCCUCCGCGCUCCAAGCUCUUGCGACAUUUAUUGGCAGACAUUGUGGGUCAGGAUGGCGGGAAGAGGGCUUAGCGGAGAAGGUCCUUGAAGAGGUCGCAAAAGCUUGGAAGAAAUGUACGACGCAGGUGAUUGUAGAAGGAGAUGGGGAUACACUUAAGAGCAUACUCAAGACUUUGGAAGGUUCAAUGACCGGCGGGAGGAUAACUCCUGGGUCAGGGUUAAGUCGGCAAACAAGCUUCAACUUCAGCGGAGAUGCAGACAGGCAGGAGUCGCCGGGACUAGGAUCAAGACCAAAUCUGGAUACACACAACAGCUUUGGCAUAUCGGGAUUAGAGGUGCAAGAGAAGGAUGAAGAUGAGGAGAUAUUGAAGGACCCCCGCGAGUGGAUGAAGAUCAUUGGCGCUUUCGAUCAGCCAAAGUUGGAAUACAAUGUUUCCAAGAAGCAUUUCGAUAAGUCUACGGUAAAACCUACACUGUUCCCACCACCGACUAGGAAGACAGACCUUUUCCGGCAGCGCUAUCAUAUUGUACACCAACGUAUCCUUCGCAACGAGACCUUCCAGGCACCCACCUUCUCAGCGGCUCGAUCGGCCACACUUAAUCGCACAGGCUCAGUAUCAACAUCGCAAACAAAUUCUAUCACCCCAAUUGCAAAUCUUCUGGGACGCAGCGGCAGCACCCAUCUUCUUCUAGGCAUGCUGACGAUUUCCCCUACCGGCGCCUUGUCUCUCUCAGACCUUACAGGCACAAUAGCCCUCGAUCUACAGCACGCUCAACAGAUUCCUGCCGACGGAUCCUACUUCGCCCCCGGCAUGAUCGUGCUUGUGGACGGAAGUUAUGAGGAGGAUCACGGCAAUCCUGCUGCUGGUUCAAGUUCCAGCUUGGGUGGUACGGGAGGUAUAGGCGGUACAAUAGGCGGAAAGUUCAUUGGAUUUUCCGUUGGCCAUCCUCCUUGUGAACGACGAUCAAUAACACUCGGAGGGGACACUGAAGCCGAGAAGAACAAUAUCUCGGGUCCUGCAUUUGGUUGGACCGACUUCUUGGGAGUCGGUUCGGAGCGUGCAACCGGCGCAAAAAUGUCACGAAUUGCUACAAAUACCCUUUCACCCACAUCUGCACAUAACAUAGUAAUCGCGUCGGAUCUCCAUCUGGAUGUUCCGUCAACCCUCUCAGCAUUACGUACACUCUUACGCACCUACACCCCGGAUCCAGCAGAAGUCGACCCUAUUUAUCCCCUCGCAAUAAUUCUGAUGGGCAAUUUCAGUUCUCGUGCCACUUUGGCAGGUGUACGGGGAGCAGGAAGCAUCGAAUACAAGGAACACUUCGAUGCACUUGCAUCUGUACUCUCUGAGUUCCCUCAACUCCUUGCUCAUACCUCUUUGGUGUUUGUACCUGGCGACCAUGACGCAUGGCCGUCUGCAUUCUCCGCUGGUGCAUCGACACCCCUACCAAGAAAGCCCGUACCGACCUUAUUCACAAGUAGAAUAAAGCGAGCCGUUGCUGAAGCAAACCGUGAGAUUUGGGGAACCGGGAAAGCCAAAGGAAAAGAGGGCGAAGUUAUAUGGACCAGCAAUCCGAGCAGACUAACUUGGUUUGGCGUGAAAGGAGAAAUGGCGAUUCUGAGGGACGAUCUCGUUGGACGCUUACGAAGAAAUGCCAUUCGAUUUGGCAAGCCUGGCGAUGCAGAUGACGAUGAAAUGCCGGAUGCAACCAUGCAAGCUGCAGGCCACGAGGGCAUGGAUACUGACCCUGAUCUGCGUCCAGUCCCAACCUCACAUAAUACCUCCACGAACAUCAUACCGGACGAAUUGGACCCGGAUGUUUCAAUCGCUCGUGCAAUAACACGGACUAUACUCUCGCAAGGCUAUCUCAGCCCAUUUCCCUUGAGUGUCCGACCGCUACACUGGGAUUACGGGCACGCCAUGGGCUUAUAUCCAUUACCAAGUGUUCUGGUAUUGGCAGAUAGCGAGGCACCCGCUUUUGUAGUCAAGUUCUGCGGGUGCGCCGUUCUGAAUCCUGGAAGUAUCGUCGAAAGCGGUGGAAGAGGCAGAAGAGAAGGCAGAGCAAGAUGGGUAGAGUUCGAUAUAGGUAAAGGAGUGGGUGUUGUAAGAGUUGAAGAGUGAAUGAGUUAGGAGACGGCCAUAAUUAUAUUUGAAACGAUGCAUUGCAUGAGCGAAAAUAGCAUGGAAGGCGUCUUAAGAUCAUGAUAUACAUUUAAGGAAUCUCGAGCUUCUGUAUUUGAAUGAGAACUUAUCCUGCAAGUUCGAUGAAUAAUAUCUAUAUAAAUUCUACAGAUG